AUGGCGACCGAAAAUCAAAGUGGUUUUUGUCGCGGCGUUUCUAAAAUCAAGCAAUGGGUUGGAUGGUCUUGGACUUACCUUUGGGGAUUUUGGUUUCUUCUUGUGAUAUUUCUGCUUUAUAUACUGCGAACUCCACUACGUUUGAAGGAAAAUUUUAGCAUCGUUGUCAUGUUUCUUAAUACUCUGACCCCAAAGUUUUAUGUGGCUUUGACUGGCACUUCGUCAUUCAUCUCUGGAAUUAUUCUGAUCUUUGAAUGGUGGUAUUUCAGAAAGUAUGGUACAUCUUUUAUUGAGCAUAUGUCAUUAUCCCAUCUUGGACCAAUACUUGGUGGAGGUGACAGCUCACAGAAUAGCUCAUCUCAAAAUGUUGCAGAGUGCAAAGUCUGGAGGAAUCCAAUGAAUUUAUUUAGAGGGUGYGAAUACAACAGAUAUCUGUGGGUUACUGGAAGAGAACCGUUAACGUAUUAUGACAUGAAUCUUUCAGCGCAGGACCAUCAGACAUUUUUCACCUGUGAUGCAGAUGAAAUGAGUAUUAAUCCUGCUGAUGAAAUAAUGCUAAAGGCUUGGAGAGAAMGAGAUCAAGAAAAAAGGAUUAAAGCCGCUGAAAAUGCAAUUGCAGCUGAUCCAAAUUGUCCGACAGCUCUUAUCCUCUUGGCUGAAGAAAAAGUAAAGACAAUUACMGAGGCUGAAAGCUGUCUUCAGAAAGCUUUAAAGAAAAGUGAUGAAAACCUUCGAAAUGGUGGUGUGCUGUCCAAUGAAUCCAAGGAAGAUGCAGUUCAUAGAAAGAAUACCAAUGUAUGUGUGUACAUCCGCCGGAGACUAGCAAUGUGUGCUAGGAAGCUUGGCAGAACAAAGGAAGCAAUUAAAAUGAUGAGAGAUUUGAUGAAAGAGUUUCCCAUGAUGAGUGUUCUAAACAUUCAUGAGAAUCUAAUAGAGGCACUGCUGGAAAUACAAGCUUAUAGUGAAGUACAGGCAGUGCUAGCUAAAUAUGAUGAUAUCUCCUUACCUAAGUCAGCUACAAUUUGUUAUACUGCAGCGUUACUUAAAGCAAGAGCUGUGUGUGACAAGUUUUCACCAGAAAUAGCUGCUAAAAGAGGAUUAAGUCCUGCAGAAAUGGCGGCGGUAGAGGCAAUACACAGAGCUGUGGAGUUUAAUCCKCAUGUUCCUAAGUAUCUUCUUGAACAAAAAAGCUUGGUGUUACCACCAGAGCACAUACUGAAAAGAGGCGAUAGUGAAGCUGUAGCUUAUGCCUUCUUUCAUCUUCCACACUGGAARAAAGUGGAGGGAGCGACCAAUCUACUUCACUGUACAUGGGAAGGAACUUUUCGUUUAGUCCCGUACCCAUUAGAGAAAGGACAUCUUUUCCAUCCUUACCCCGGAUGCACAGAGAAUGCUGAUAGAGAACUUAUGCCAGCUCAUCAUAUUUUGUCAGUUUACCCUAAGAAGGAGCUGCCAUUUUUUAUUCUCUUCACUGCUGGUUUAUGUUCGUUUACUGCUGUUCUUGCUCUUCUUACUCAUCAGUUCCCGGAACCAAUGGCUAACUUGGCUCGUACUUGUCUGGCCUGGGUGUCCACUCCAUUCAAUCUUCUUAUCCAGAAAGUAGAAGACUUCUUUCCUGCCCACAUCUGGCAACAACUUACCAGAAUCUAGAUACUACUGGAAAUACAAGUGAAACCGUGACUAAAGGACCAACUUUGAGAGCAAAAYGGGUCACUUUUACCCCCACCACACCCUAUYCAUGACGACGUACCAUUACAGACUAACCUUAAUUACUAAUUAUCUCAACUUACUCUAUUAGAGGCUGUUUACAUCAUAGUGGGUGCCACUAGAAAAAGAUAUUUUGCUUUGUGUUCGCCAAUGACAGGAGAUACGACGGCUAUCGUUCUGUAUAGAGAAACCCAGGGGCUCUUCGUUUCAAUCUAACCCUAGUACAUAUACAACAAUGGUCUUUUCAAGCUGACGUCGUGUGAUAUUCGAUGAUAUACACUGUGGUUAAGGAAAAUACAAGCUGCAGAAUCAAUGUCAUUUAAGCAUUCCUACAGAAAACUCGUCCUCCAUAGUAAUUUUUCCAACAAACCCGCCAUCCUGAUACUUUUUCCAAUACCAUGAUGCAUUUCACCGAAACAAACGUGACGUCAUUCAUGGAGAGUACCAAUGCCCUCAGCACUGAAUCCAUGAGUCACGAGUUCACGGCGAAUUCUCCUUAUUCGCUAUACGAGAAGUACAGUAGACGAGGUUUAGGAAUUUUUUUCUCAAAUAUCAAAAUAUUUUAAACAGUGCUCACGACAAAGUCGUGUUGUUAUGACWGUUUUAUUGUUCGUAGUAAGUUAACAUUUUCUCAGAUGAAUUCAAAAUCUAAAAUUCAUAAAAGCUAGAAACAUCUUGAAUAAUACAUAUAUAUAUUUAUGUAGUACGUUGGACAUUUUAAAACAUAGAAAUAUUAAAUAGAAUGGUAAAAAAGUGUUGUCUUUUUUCUUUGAGAGUUGUUUCUUUUUAGUCUCUGCCGAGUUCUCUUGAUAGGGUACAGAUUAAUAUGAUGCGUGACAACGUUACCAGUUUGAGACGUUCACCGUGCGUUUCUUUCUUAUUUUAAAAAAGCACUGUCGUUCCAACGUUACGUAAACGCAGCAAUGUCGUGGUCUGAAACGUUCACCGAAUGUUUCACACCGAAAUAAAGGCCA